AGUACUUAGUUAUUCUUGCCUGUUUUAUAGCAGUGGAGAAGAUUGCUUACUAUUUUUCUUUAAUAGCACUAAAAAAAGAUCACGUUUAAAUGGAAAUAAAUAGUGAUUAAGUGUAGAACAUCCCUAGUGCAUUAGAUUCUCUAUCAACAUCCAAUUUAAGUAACAACAAUGACAGCCAUCAAGCACGCCCUCCAGAGGGACAUCUUUACGCCCAAUGAUGAGCGUCUCCUCAGCAUCGUCAACGUCUGCAAGGCAGGGAAAAAGAAGAAGAACUGCUUCCUGUGUGCCACAGUCACCACAGAGAGGCCGGUGCAGGUGAGAGUGGUCAAAGUGAAGAAGUCAGACAAAGGGGAUUUCUACAAACGGCAGAUGGCCUGGGAACUGAGGGAUCUGGCUGAAGUGGAUGCAAAAGAUGCCAGCAAGGAGAAUCCAGAGUUUGACCUCCAUUUUGAGAAGGUGUAUCGAUGGGUGGCCAGCAGCACAGCUGAGAAGAAUUCCUUCAUCUCCUGCAUUUGGAAGCUGAACCAGCGUUACCUGCGGAAGAAGGUGGAGUUUGUGAAUGUCAGUUCCCAGCUGCUGGAAGAGUCAGUCCCCAGUGGUGAGAGCCAGAGUGUUGCCGGGGGCGACGAGGAUGCUCUGGAUGACUACCAAGAGCUGAAUGCCCGUGAGGAGCAAGACAUUGAAGGCAUGAUGGAGGUGUGCGAGUAUGCCAUCUCUAACGCAGAGGCCUUUGCUGAGAAACUCUCCAGGGAGCUACAGGUUCUGGAUGGGGCCAACAUCCAGUCCAUCAUGGCAUCUGAGAAGCAGGUGAACAUCCUGAUGCAGCUGCUGGAUGAGGCUCUGUCGGAGGUGGACACCAUCGAGGGCAAGCUGAGCAGUUAUGAGGAGAUGCUGCAGAGCGUCAAGGAGCAGAUGGACCAGAUCUCCCAGAGCAACCGCCUCAUCCAGAUCAGCAACACCAACAAUGGCAAGCUGCUGGACGAGAUCCAGUUCCUGGUGAAUUAUAUGGACUUGUCGAAGGGACACAUCAGGGCCCUACAGGAUGGAGACUUGUCCUCUCCCAAAGGCAUCGAGGCCUGUAUCAACGCCUCUGAGGCUCUACUGCAGUGCAUGAACGUGGCACUUAGACCAGGUCAUGAGAAACUGAUGGCUGUGAAACAGCAGCAGCACCUGUUCACGGAGCUCAGAGAUACCUUUGCCCGGCGCCUCACCAAUCACCUCAACAACGUGUUCGUCCACCAGGGCCAUGACCAGAGCUCCACGCUUUCCCAACACACGGCAGACCUGACCCUGCCUAAACACAGCCCCCUGCACAGGGACCUGCUAAGAUACGCCAAGCUCAUGGAGUGGCUCAAGAACACCCAGAGAGAGAAGUACGAUGGCCUGUCCAGGACCUAUGUUGAUUACAUGACCAGAUUAUAUGAACGAGAAAUCAAAGAUUUCUUUGAGGUGGCAAAGAUCAAAAUGGCGGGCACAACCAAAGAGGGGAAGGGAAAUAAGUUUGGCCUGCAUGGCAGCUCUGGGAAGCUGACAGGCUCCACCUCCAGUCUGAAUAAGCUGGCAGUGCAGGGCUCCAGCAGCAGGCGCUCCCAGUCCUCCUCUCUGCUGGACAUGGGCAACAUGUCUGCCUCAGACCUGGAUGUGGCCGACAGGACCAAGUUCGACAAGAUCUUUGAGCAGGUUCUUAGUGAGCUGGAGCCUCUCUGUCUAGCAGAACAAGACUUCAUCAGCAAGUUCUUCAAGCUACAGCAGCACCCCACCCUGGCUCAGGGAGAAGUGGAGUCUGAUGGAGGAGUGCCCUCCAGACAGCCUCCUCCAGGGGAACACAGACACUCAAUGUCAUUGACUGAGAAGGACAUGGUGCGAUUGAUGAUGAACAAGAUCUUCCAGAGCAUUGAGACGGAACUCAACAGCCUCAUCGCCCUGGGAGACAAGAUUGACAGCUUCCACUCCCUGUACAUGCUGGUGAAGAUGAGUCACCACGUGUGGACAGCCCAGAAUGUGGACCCCACUUCCUACCUCAGCACCACCCUCGGCAAUGUGCUGGUCACUGUCAAGAGAAACUUUGACAAGUGCAUUUCUGGUCAGAUCAGACAGAUGGAGGAGGUGAAGAUCUCUAAGAAGAGCAAGGUGGGCAUCCUGCCCUUUGUCACUGGGUUCGAGGAGUUUGCUGAGCUGGCUGAAACCAUCUUCCGUAAUGCAGAGCGCAGAGGGGAUCUGGACAAGGCAUAUGUCAAGCUUAUCAGAGCCGUCUUUAUGAAUGUGGAGAAAGUGGCCAAUGAGAGUCAGAAGACACCCCGGGACGUGGUGAUGAUGGAGAACUUCCACCACAUCUUCUCCACACAGUCCCGCCUGAAGAUCUCCUGCCUUGAGACAGAGAGGCGAGAGGCCAAACACAAGUACACAGACCACCUGCAGUCCUACGUCAUCAACUCCCUGGGCCAGCCCCUGGAGAAACUCAAUCACUUCUUUGAGGGAGUGGAGGCGCGUGUGGCCCAGGGGGUGCGUGAGGAGGAGGUCAGCUACCAGCUGGCUUUCAAUAAACAGGAGCUGCGUAAAGUUAUCAAGGAGUACCCCGGCAAGGAGGUGAAGAAGGGCCUGGACAACCUGUACAAGAAGGUGGAUAAGCACUUGUGUGAGGAGGAGAGCCUGUUACAGGUGGUGUGGCACUCCAUGCAGGAUGAGUUCAUUCGUCAGUACAAACACUUUGAAGGCUUGAUUGGCCGUUGCUACCCUGGGUCUGGUAUCACCAUGGAGUUUACCAUUGGAGACAUGUUGGAGUACUUCUCAAGCAUUGCCCAGUCCCAUUAAUUACAAACAUACACAUUAUAACUUUAAACAUGCUCUCUAUUGCUUCAUAUUGCCACACACAGAAGAAACAAUAUUUACUGAAACCAAUCUGUCAUUGCUGUGUGGCCAAUACAAAGUACAUUAAUUGAAAUUGAAUAAAUUGCACUUGAAAUUGUCUGCAGUACUUGUAUGGAUGGGAAUGAAUUAACAGUUGUAAAAAGUUUUGUGUGUGGGCAGGUAGCCUAGCGGUAACCGAAAAGCCUAGGUGAAAAUCUGCCAUUGUGCCCUUGAGCAAGGCACUUAACCCUAAUUGCUCCUGUAAGUUGCUCUGGAUAAAAGCAUCUGCUAAAUGACUCCUAUAUAAAUGUGUGUGUGAGUGAGAUCUUAUUUGCACAGAGAUCACAAUGUUACUGAUUUCUUCUGUCUGUGAUUUUCCUUUGUUAUAACACACAUCACCUGUACAUGAUAAACUCUUCAAAAUUGGGAGGUUGUGGGCCAAAUAAUGUUAGCUUGUAUGACACUACUCAAAAUCUAAAGCUCCCUUCAUCACACUGAUGUCUUGAUUUUUGUAUAGUCACAGAAUGUCAGUCUUCUACUGGAAUAUUUUUGUGUGAUUGCAAACUUUUCAACAGAAUGCCAUAUUGCCAAAUAAAUGUUAAAAUGUCAAAUUUUU